GUUGACGUUGGCGGGUACACACAGUGGCUGGACGCGUUGUAUGUGUCGGUUUCGCUGUCGCUGUCGCUCGUACUCCGUCCCGGUUGAUACCGUUAAAAUUACAGGAGAAAAACGGCCCUUUGACACAUGACAUUGUAAACCCCCGGUGUUAAAGCGUAACGGCUGGAUGAGUGGACCAACUUUCACAUCCCCCUCUGCAGAGGCGGCCGAGAUGAACCGGAUCCAUUAUGAGUUGGAGUACACAGAAGGCAUCAGCCAGCAGAUGCGAAUCCCCGAGACGCUCAAGGUGGCCUCGGAGAACCAGAGGGGUUCCCUGCCACACGAGCAGCCCCUGCUCACUCACACGACUCUGAUGCAUGUUCCUGAAAGGAUUGUCGUUACAGGUGACGAUGGGGAUACUCAGUUUGCCCGUCCAAGAGACUUGGACCUGAUUCAGUCCGUCCCUCCUCUGGACCUGCUGAGCAUGAAGGCGCCGCCACGAGUCCUCACGCUGUCAGAGCAGCCACUGGACUCCCUUGAGACUGAUCAAACUGCUUCCUCGCACAACAACCCCAGCCAGGCGGCCCACAUUCAUGCUCGGUCUCGAAGAGAACGCAGUGCGAGUGAGAACAUAUCUGGCCGCCACAGCAGUCAGGUCAGCAGAGGGGACAUAAGUGUAAUCCCGUCCCCUUCUGCCCCCCCACUGCGCCUAUGUCCCCCCCUCUGUUCGCCUGAGGAUGCAGUCGCCAACCUGUUCACAGCUGCUGGCUUCCUGUCCUACAUCCAGUCAACAACACGCCGAGCGUACCAGCAGGUCCUGGAAGUCCUGGAUGACAACCACCGCAGGACAAACUUGGACUUGGCCCUGGAUAUAAACCCUGAUGAGUCUGGCUUGGUGGACGCCUCCUCUCUACGACGACAGAUUGUGAAGCUGAACCGGCGUCUGCAGCUGCUGGAGGAAGAAAACAAAGAGCGCUCCAAGCGAGAGGUGAUCCUCUAUUCCGCUACCGUGGCCUUCUGGCUGAUCAACACCUGGAUCUGGUUCCGUCGCUGAGGUCGGACAAAAGAGAGCCCCCCAAAACACUAAACAGCCAUUAAAAUAUGGGUUGCUACAAACACCUUAAGGUAACCACAGGAAACUAUGACAACAUUGUCAAAUCCAAAACCACAACCAUGUAUGUUUUUAUAACAAAUUAUAUAAUGAGAUUUCAAGCUGAACACUCUUAAGGUAAGACCUGAGCUAGUGCACAUAGCCAUGUUAACCACAUCUACGUAAUGUUUCAAAAUUUCACAGUGACAGACUAACUACAGUAUACGCCUUGUCGCAAAGGGAUUUCUGGUUAGGUCUUGCCACAGGACAGGUAGCAGACUUAACAUUAAAGUGCCAUCUAUUUAUUUCACUCCUGUAUAGUGACCAAGACCAAGCACAAUGACACGACAACUGGCUGUUUUACAAAAUGUUUGCAUCUGCUUUCAUUCAGUGAGCAGAGGUUUGUUAUGUUUCUGCCACAACAAAUACUAAGACUAGCAACUAAAACAUGGGUUAUCGUCCACUCCACAGACUGUCGACCCUAAAUUAGCUGAAGUUUGAUUCUGAAGUUUUCUCCACUUUUCAAAUUCUGCUCUGAUGUUCAUUUGGGUUUAGGAGAAACUAAAGCUGUUUUCAGACAUGAACUCCGGAAAACUGGUAAUUUGCUCUUCACAUAUGAAGAAGGCAGCAGCAGAUUGUCCGGGUCAGACAGAUUUACAGACAGUCGGAAAAUUUCCGGAAUACUCAGGUGAUGGUUGGCGCCUUUGCGGAGCGCCCACUCGCUCGCUGUCAAUCUUCUGGAGCUUUUCCUUCUGUAUACCCACACGGGCUCACUCAGACGUUUUCCAGAAAUUUGUCUAGGGAGCUGGCAGGAAAAGUCCCGGAAAAUGUUGGGAGCAAAUUUUGCGUUCUCAAAUACAGAAUACUCACAAAACGUGGCAAAGGAGUGGCUACCACGAAUCAGCAGAAAUUGCAAACUCUUACUGAUAUAUUAUGGAUAUUUUGUGCAAAGAGCAAGUAAAAUGCUUCUAAUGGCCAUUUUUAAACUUGCUAAAAAGUUAUAAGAUGCUGGUCUGUCGAAGUUAUUAGAUGUGACAGUGAUGCUUACCAGCUUUGUGAGAGUAAACAAAGUUUAUAGAUGAGACUUUUGAGCCUCUGGAGAAGAAAGAUCAGAGGGGAGGAUUUACUCAAGCAACUAAUAUUGUGGGAACUCAACUCGGAGCUGGAAAUAUAGUUACAGAACCAAACCUCAGAGCUGACCAGUCUUCUCUGUUUUGAAGGUUUGAACUUCAUCAGUUUGGUCAAAAAAAUAAAAUAAAAAAUACCAUUCUCAAAGUUCCAAAGUAAGAUGUCUAAAUCUAGAGAUGCCAUAACGUUUACCUUGAAUGUCCCUUGAAUUCUUUAUUACCCAAAAUAUUUGUGUACAGAAUUUGAAUAGCUUAUUGUUGGAAUGUUGUAGUAGAUAUUAUUAUUUACCUCUUUGGCAGUCACAUGGCCAGUGAUUGUGAUAGUGGCAACAGAACUACAAAAUUCAGGGUACUGGGUGGUGAUAAAAAAAGAAGAAAAGAUAAGCAUGGACUAUGUGGUUUUAUCAUCAUACAGUGUGAUGUAAAUCUUAGAGCUACUGUGUGUAUGAUCAUAUGUAAAGAUGAGUAUGUAUAUGAGAUAUUUAUGUCAAUAUUUCUGAAUAACAAUUUUUUUUCGUUUAUCAAACAUAAUGAAACAUUGCUGUUACCAUUUAUUGUACUGUUAUGCACUGUACUUAUCACAUGAAGCUGGAGGUUUAAGUUAUUAUUAUGUUACUUUCUUUGUGAUAUAUGAAUACCUUCAUUGUAAAUAUUUUUGUUGUAAUAAAUGAUGGAUGUUGA